AUGGCUUCCGAAGUGGAAGUCGAUCUCUAUGAGAUCCUUGAAAUCGACAGAACGGCAACGCCCGACCAGGUCAAAAAGGCCUAUCGCAAGGCUGCGCUGAAAUACCACCCCGACAAGGUCCCCGAAGAGCAGCGCGAAGAAUCAGAGGCCAAGUUCAAGGAGGCCAGCAGAGCCUACGAAAUCCUCAGCGAUGAAGACAAGCGCCACCUCUACGACACCCACGGCAUGGCUGCCUUUGACGGCAGAGGAGGCCCCGGCGGCCCCGAGGUCGACCUCAACGAUAUCCUCUCUCAGAUGUUCGGGUUCAAUAUGGGCGGUCCCGGUGGCCCCGGUGGUCCUGGGCCCAUGAGGCCGAGGAAGGGGCCGGAUGAGGAGCAGGAGUACAAGGUCACGCUCGAGGAGCUGUACAAGGGCAAGACUGUCAAGUUCUCGGCCAACAAGCAGGUCGUCUGCGGCGUCUGCAAGGGCUCCGGCGGCAAAGAGAAGGCCAAGCCUGCCUCGUGUGAGCGCUGCAGGGGCCAAGGCUUGGUCGAGGCCAUUCGCCAGAUUGGUCCCGGCAUGAUGCGGCGCGAGACCGUCCUGUGCGAUCACUGCACGGGGUCCGGCAAGGUCUACAAGGAGAAGGACAGGUGCAAGAAGUGCAAGGGCAAGCGGACGACGCAGGAGAAGAAGGCGCUGGAGAUUUACAUUCCCAGAGGAUCGAUGCAGGGCGAGCGCAUUGUCUUGGAGGGAGAGGCGGACCAGUACCCGGACCAGAUCCCCGGCGACAUUGUCUUUACUCUGGUGGAAGAGCCCCACGAUGUCUUUAACCGACUUGGCAACGACUUGUCCGCCGAGCUGACGGUGUCGCUGAGCGAAGCCCUGACCGGGUUCAACCGCGUGGUGCUCAAGCACCUCGACGGGCGAGGCAUCCAGAUCAACCGGCCACGGGGCAAGAUCCUGAGGCCAGGGGACUGCAUCAAGGUCCCUGGCGAGGGUAUGCCCCUGAAGAGAGGAGACGCCAGGGGAGACUUGUAUCUCAUGGUCAAGGUGGAAUUCCCCGAGGAUGACUGGCUGAAGGAUGACUCUGCGUACGAGGCGUUGGCCAAGAUGCUGCCGCCCCCGCUGCCAGCUGUGGAGGCCGAGGAGAUUGACGAAGUGGAAUACGAGGGCGGCGCCGACAUUGAAGAGAUGGGUGCUGACCAAGGUGAUCCUCGAUUCGCCAACGAAUGGGAGGACGACGACGAGGGCGAGGGCCAAACACAAUGCGCCACGCAGUAA